ACACUCCUGCCUAGACUGUACACACAGGACAUCUAUACUGGCUGAGACCUUCCGUUUUGGAAACUCUCUUCACUCUCUGUCUCAAUACUUCUUCAGCUCCAUUCGGACAAACUCCUUUUUUUCUCUCUUCCUCUUAUCAGUCUCUCUUUUUCUACCUAAUUGCAUGUUUUGUGGAGAUGAUGUCAACCAGGAUUCUGUGGCUCCUGUCUCUCUGGCUGUGUAUGCCCUUGGCCCAGGGCCGUAUCUGGGCCUGGGUGCUCAACAUGCCCCACAGUCCCCCCAAGAAAGGACCCAUGGCUCUCACGGACAGCACCCCUCCAGUCAACACCAAAGGAUCCACGGGUGUGUGUGACCAUGACCGCGCCUGUGGUCGAAGCUUCUCCUGUGACCGUCACUUUGGCCUGUGUUUUCCUCUCCGUGGGGAGGGCCAGUACUGCAGGAGGGAUGCCCAGUGUGUCCGAGGACUCAGCUGCAUGUUUGGGAAGUGCCACCAUCGCAUUUCUGAGGGACAAGAGGGUGCUAGGUGUAAAGUAGACAGGGACUGCGGCGAGUCUAUGUGCUGUGCCCGUCAUCACGGUGAGCAGUUGUGUAAGCGGCGUCUGUUGCGAGAUGAGAGCUGCUUCGUUCCCGACGGCGGCCUGGCGUUCAGCAUCAACCAGAUCUGCCCAUGUGAUGAAGGCCUACUGUGUCGUGGCGCUGUUGAGCCCAAAUGGAGCGAGAAGGAGUUUGUCUACCACCCUGACACUACAAGUUGGACCUGUCAAGCCCCAAAGCCUUGAUGAACACUUUGAUCAAUUAAUCAGUUAUUUAUUAUGUCAGUAUCGUGUGUAUACCGAUAUGACUGUAUAUACUAUAAUGUAAAUAUCAACAAAUAGGCUAUGUCUUUUUUUUUUCUUUUUUUUUUACAUUUGUUGGCAUUUUCUAUAUUUUAACAAAUGCACCAUUUAGCGAGGCCAAUUACCGUCAUAGUUUUCUUGUCAAAGUAAAUCGUUAUUAAAAUCGAGUUCACGUCAUCUGGUCGUGUCAGACAGUGUCAUCUGAUGAAAUAAACGCUAAAAUAAAAGCUGUUAAUUUGUA